UUACAUUUUCAAUUUCCACUAAAUUGAGAGUGAAUUUCAAAAAAUUAACGACGACCCAGAUCAUGAAUCGUCUCCGCCGAGUGAAGGAGGAGUUUCCGGCGUCGAAUUCUGCAUUUUCUAACGGAGCGCCGUCGCCCACGGUGGCUCCUCAGCCGAUGGAGGGUCUUCACGAGGCGGGUCCUCCGCCAUUUCUGACCAAAACAUACGAAUUCGUCGAAGAUUCAACCACCAAUCAUAUUGUCUCUUGGAGUAGAGACAACAACAGCUUCAUCGUUUGGGAUCCUCAAUCCUUUUCCUUGACCCUUCUCCCCAAAUACUUCAAACACAGCAAUUUUUCCAGCUUUGUUCGACAACUUAACACCUAUGGAUUUAAGAAGAUUGAUCCAGACAAGUGGGAGUUUGCUCAUGAAGGUUUCUUGAGAGGGCAGAAGCAUCUUCUGAAGCUGAUUCGGAGGAGGAAAACGGUGCAACCAAAUGCCACUCUCCAAGCUCCGGACCCUUGUGUCGAAGUCGGGCGGUUCGGUCUGGAUGGAGAAAUCGAUCGGCUGCAGCGAGACAAGCAGGUUUUAAUGGGGGAGCUGGUAAAGCUAAGACAACAGCAACAAACCACCAAAGGGCAGCUCCAAACAAUGGAGCGCCGCCUCAAAAAGACAGAGACAAGGCAGCAACUAAUGAUGAACUUCUUAGCAAGAGCAAUUCAAUUCCCUGAUUUCAUCCAACAACUCAUCCACCAAAAGGACAAGCACAAAGAGCUUGAAGAAGCCAUCAAUAGAAAACGAAGACGACAUAUCGACCAAGGCCUUUCCCCAACCUCCGACGAAUAUGACGAAGAAGACAAGGCAUCGUUCGCGAACAACAUCCAUGUGGAUGUCGAGCUACUAGCGGUUGACAUGAACCAAAAUAACCCGCAUUUUGCUAAAGAAGAAAUGGGUGAAAAAGGAGAUGGAAUAAUGGAUGAUGGGUUUUGGGAGAAUUUGUUGAAUGAGGCUAAUGAAGAAGGGUUUGGAGUUCAUGGGUUUGAUGAACAAGAUGAUGAGGUUGAAGAUGGAGAUGAAUUGGUUGCUCAUUUUGGGUUUUUGAAUUCUAAUCUUAAAUAGAUAGCUCGUAACUUUUUUAUUUUUACAAAUAAUGGGAGUUCGGGAGAGCGGAAAUAUCUCAAGUGGGCUCGUUGGGAAGAAAGAUAGAGUGCAGUAUGUAGAGUACAUGAAAGGUAUAGUCGGCUUGAUCACACACCGAAUCCAGAGACAGGAAAGUAACAACCUUCUUUCAUGGCUGCAUCCCACUUAGACUACUACUACUAUGAUGUGAGCAGUUCAAAUUGGUUUGAUCUUUCCUAA